AUGGUACGCCUGCUGCUCACCGCCUUCCGGCCGUUCGACGAGUGGGACGAGAACUCGAGUUGGCUCGCUCUUCAAGCGGUCACCCGUGAGUUGCCCCCCGGGGCCGAGGUGACAACCCGGCUCUACCCGGUCGACUACGAGGCCGUCCGCGAGCGCCUCGCGGCGGACCUGGCGACCCCUUACGACGCCGUCCUGCACCUCGGCCAAGCGAGCGGCGCCUCGGCGGUCCGGCUCGAGCAGUUCGCGCUGAACGCCCGCCGCGACCGGGGCGAUGCGGAGGAGGACGUGAAGCCGCUCGAGUCCGAUGGCCCGGCCGCCUACCGCAGCCGGUUGCCGCUCGCCGACUGGGCGAGCGAGCUGCGUGGCGAGGGCGUUCCGGUCGAGGUGUCGUUGCACGCGGGCGACUACCUCUGCAACGCGGCGAUGUACUGGUCGCACUACCUGCUCGAAGCCCAAGGCGGCGAGCCACGCGUGGCGUUCGUGCAUCUGCCGCUCGACGUCUCGCAGGCCGCCCGCGCCGGGCGAGAGAUCGCCUCGCUGCCUACGGAAUACUCCGCUCACGCGGCGGUGAUGAGCAAGUUUGCGGUGCUGGUCCUCGCGGCGGGGCGGAGUUCUCGGUUCGGCGACCCCAACUACAAGAAGCCGAUGGCGAUGCUGGACGGCCGCGCCGUCUGGCUGCACUCGACGGAACGGUUUAUCGAACGGCCCGACGUCUGCCAAACGGUCGUUGUGGUCUCGCCCGACGACCGCGAGGAGUUUCAACGCAAGUUCGGCGCGAACCUCGCCUUCAUGGGCGUUGACCUGUGCGAGGGCGGUUUGGAACGAGCCGACUCGGUGCGAGCCGGACUGGCGACUUUGCGAGGCGAUGCGACGCACGUGGCCGUUCACGACGCGGCGCGCCCCCUGGUGACCGACGAUGAGAUCGACCGCGUGUUCGCUGCCGCUGUGGAGAACCACGCCGCGAUCCUGGCGACGCCGGUAACCGCCACGCUGAAGCGAGUCGACGACGGCAAGAUCACCGCCACGGAGUCCCGCGACGGCCUGUGGGCGGCGCAGACCCCGCAGGUCUUCGAGCGCGCGUUGCUCCAGCGAGCGAACGACGCGGCGGGCGACGCGCCGGUGACGGACGACGCCCAACUCGUCGAGCUUCUCGGCGAGCCGGUCGCCAUCGUCGAGGGCUCGCCCAACAACCUGAAAGUCACCACGCAGGACGACCUGAAGCUCGCGGCGGCGAUCCUCGCGGCGCGGCCCGCGCCCAAGCCGAAAGGCGCUCACCCGUUCGCUGACGACGACCUCUGGCGAUAG